AUCGUACAUCUCUUUUCUCGACGGAGGGAGUACCACCGAUUUUUACCUCACCGCGGACCCGCCGCCCUCUCCGGGCCGCCUGCUACAGUGCUACGGCCUCUACCUCCACCGCCGCGGUGCUCUCCCGCGCCGACCCGCUCUCCCAGGACGAAAUCCCCAACCAAAUCCAGUCGUCGCAAUCGCCCGUGGCGGGGCGGAAUUCCUGUGUCUCCGUCCGGCGUCCCGUCCCCAACUCGGAAUGACUCGUUGCGGUUGCGGUUCCUCCUCUUCUUCCCGAUUCCCGCAAUCCAACCUGCCACCUGUUUGGACUCUGGUCUGGACUCGCUACCGCUACGUUCUAGCUUCCGCCGUCGGCCGUGAAUGCAGAGGAGGAGGAUCUCGGCCUCUCUGUUGCUGGCUACAAAUUUUCGGUCUUUGUUCUCCUCGCCUCUCUGUUGCUGGCUUUUCUCGCCGUGCUCCGGCCGCUCUGCUCCUCCUGGAUGGCUGGAUACUUGCGGCGGCGGCGGAGACUUUGGCAUAAAAUGGUUUCCUUGAUCUGCGUCUGCCUCCUCCAGCUGCUUCUGCUGGAUUGUUAAAUUGCAUGUAUUUAGAAUUAACGCAUUGGCGCAAAUUGCGUUCCUUGAAUCUAAAAUAAUAAUUUAGAUUCAUUUCCUCGCUUGUAUUUAAAAUUGUUAAUUGUUACAGUAAAGACAUAAUAAUAAUCUCACCCUGUUGUCAUCUCAUGCUUGCAGGCGGUUCUGAGCUUUAUCUAUUUGGGUAUCGGAACAGCAGUAGCCUCAUUUCUUCAGGUGUCAUGCUGGACAAUUACUGGUGAAAGACAGGCAACACGGAUUCGAUCUCUUUACCUCAAAUCUGUCCUGAGACAGGAUAUAUCAUUCUUUGACGUAGAAAUGACAACUGGAAAGAUUAUAUCAAGAAUGUCAGAGGACACUGUGAUACUUCAGGAUGCUAUUGGUCGGUAAAUGUGUACAACUUGUGGCUACCUUCGUCGGUGGUUUCAUUGUAGCUUUUUACAAAGGAUGGUUUCUAUCUGUAGUCAUGUUGGGAUGCAUACCUGUAGUUGUACUUGCUGUAGGAGCAAUGUCAAAAGUGUUAUCCAAAAUCUCUAACAAAGGUCAAACAUCAUACAGUGAUGCAGGGAACGUUGUCGAACAGACAGUUGGAGCUAUAAAAACAGUUGUUUCUUUCAACGGGGAGAAGAAGGCUAUUGCAGCUUACACGAAACUCAUACACAGAGCAUACAAGACAUCUGUUCAGGAAGGACUUGCCAUCGGCUUUGGCAUGGGUUCGGUUUUCUUCAUGGUUUUCUCAACUUAUGGUUUAGCCAUAUGGUACGGUGGAAAGUUGAUACUUACCAAAGGAUACACAGGAGGAAAGGUCCUCAGUAUCUUAUUUGCUAUGAUGACUGGGGCAAAGUCUUUAGGUAAUGCAAUCCCAUGUAUGACAUCCUUCAUAGAAGGAAAAUCUGCAGCUCAAAGAUUGUUCGCAACAAUUAAGAGGAAGCCAGAGAUUGAUCCUGAUGACAAGACUGGUAAACAGUUAGAACACAUCAGCGGUGAUGUUGAGCUGAAGGAUGUGUAUUUCAGCUACCCAGCCAGGCCUCAGCAACUGAUAUUUCAUAGAUUCUCAUUGCAUGUUUGUAGUGGAACUACAAUGGCUAUAGUUGGGGAAAGUGGAAGUGGUAAGUCAACCGUGAUUAGUCUUGUAGAGAGAUUCUAUGACCCACAGGCUGGUGAGAUUUUGAUUGAUGGGAUCAAUAUCAAGAGUUUACGGCUUGAUUCAAUAAGAGGGAAAAUUGGUCUUGUUAGCCAAGAGCCCUUGCUCUUUAUGACCUCAAUUAGAGAUAAUAUAACAUAUGGCAAAGAAGAUGCAACAAGUGAAGAGAUCAAGAGAGCCGCGGAGCUUGCCAACGCAGGGGAUUUCAUUGAUAAGUUGCCCAAUGGUUAUGACACAAUGGUUGGCCAACGCGGUGCUCAGCUUUCAGGGGGACAAAAGCAAAGGAUUGCAAUUGCACGCGCUAUCAUUAAGAACCCCAAAAUAUUUUUGUUAGAUGAGGCUACUAGCGCAUUGGAUGUGGAGUCAGAGAGGAUAGUUCAAGAGGGACUGAAUAGGAUUAUGGUUGACAGAACUAUGAUUGUGGUUGCACAUCGUCUAACUACUGUGAGAAAUGCCCAUUGCAUAUCAGUUGUUCAACAAGGAAAGAUAGUUGAGCAAGGUCACCAUGAUGAAUUAGUACUAAACCCAAAUGGGGCUUACUUUCAACUUAUUCAGCUUCAAGGAAUCUCAGAAGAAGAAGAGCAGAAAGUAGAUCGUCGAAUGCCUGAUACAAGGUCUAAUAAUACACACCUGUCAUUUAGGCUGUCUAUUAGUAGAGAUUCUGCAGGGAAUAGUAGUCAGGAUUCCUUAACCCUCCCACUCGGGCAGCCUGGCACAGUUGAGUUUUCCGAAGACAAUGAUACAUGCGGGGAGAAUCAGAAAGAGCAUGAUGAUGAUUGUGAAGUCCCAAAGAAAGGUCCUAUGGGAAGGCUAGCGCUUCUUAACAAACCAGAGGUACCUAUGAUUCUGCUAGGAUCCAUUGCUGCAGGAGUUCAUGGAGUGCUUUUCCCAAUGUUUAGUGUAAUGCUUUCCAGUGCGGUUAAAACUUUCUACGAGCCACCAGAUAAACUCAAAAAGGAUUCUAGCUUUUUGGGUCUGAUGUGUGUUGUGCUGGGUAUCAUUUCGAUAAUCUUGAUACCAGCAGAGUUCUUCUUGUUUGGAAUUGCCGGAGGGAAGCUUAUAGAGCGCAUCCGUGGUUUGUCAUUUCAAAGCAUUGUGCACCAAGAAAUGGCAUGGUUUGAUGAUCCUAAAAAUUCCAGGUUACUUACGAUUUUUUUCUCUUGGUUUCUACAUUCUCUAGAUUCCAUGGCUUUACUUUCAUGUACUAAUUGCCAAAUUAUGUAUUACAGUGGAGCACUUGGUGCAAGACUGUCAGUUGAUGCAUUGAAUGUCCGUCGUUUAGUGGGAGAUAACUUGGGCUUGACUAUUCAGGUUAUAUCAACACUUCUAGCAGGAUUUAUCAUUGCUAUUAUAGCUGACUGGCAGCUCUCUUUGAUCAUCAUGUGUGUGAUUCCACUAGUGGGUCUCCAGAGUUAUGCCCAAGUGAAGUUCUUGAAGGGUUUCAGCCAAGAUGCUAAGAUGAUGUAUGACGAUGCAAGUCAACUGGCCAUAGAUGCAAUUAGUAGUAUUAGGACUAUAGCUUCUUUCUGUUGUGAGAAAAGAAUUACAAGAAUAUAUGAUCUCAAAUGCGAAGCCUCAAUGAAUCAAGGAGUCAGAACUGGAAUAGUUGGAGGAAUUGGAUAUGGUUUCUCAUUCAUGAUGCUGUACCUUGCAUACAGUCUUUGUUCCUAUGUUGGAGCACAAUUUGUGCGCCAUGGAAAAUCAAGUUUUGACGACGUUUUCCGGGUUUUCUUUGCACUGGUUAUGGCAACUAUUGGAGUAUCUCAAUCUAGCGCAAGGGCCACCGAUUCAUCAAAAGCAAAGGAUUCAGCUAUAUCCGUUUUUGCUUUGCUUGACAGAAAGUCCGAAAUCGACUCAAGCAGCAAGGAGGGUAUUACAUUGGAUGUGGUCAAGGGCGACAUUGAUUUCCUACAUGUCAGUUUCAAGUACCCAACUCGUCCAGAUAUUCAAAUCUUCACUGACUUUACCAUGCACAUACCCUCUGGCAAGACUGUUGCACUUGUUGGAGGGAGUGGUAGUGGCAAGUCAACAAUAAUCGCACUGCUGGAGCGAUUCUACGAUCCUAAUUCAGGUACCAUCUCACUGGAUGGUGUGGAAAUAAAGAGCUUAAACAUUACUUGGUUGAGAGACCAGAUGGGACUGGUGAGCCAAGAGCCUGUACUCUUCAAUGACACAAUCCAUGCGAAUAUAUGCUAUGGUAAGAAUAUGGAAGUCACCGAGGAGGAGCUUAUUGCGGCCUCAAGGGCAUCGAAUGCACAUGAGUUCAUAUCGAGCCUUCCACAAGGAUAUGCUACCUCUGUUGGGGAGAGGGGGAUACAGCUAUCUGGUGGCCAGAAGCAGCGGGUGGCAAUUGCAAGGGCUAUACUCAAAGAUCCUAAGAUGCUACUACUUGAUGAGGCGACUAGUGCCUUGGACGUUGAGUCGGAACGCAUUGUUCAAGAUGCCUUAGAUCAUGUGAUGGUUGGCAGGACCACGGUUGUUGUGGCGCACCGCCUCUCGACAAUCAAAGCUGCUGACAUGAUUGUUGUUCUCAAGGAUGGUGCAGUAGUGGAGAAAGGAAGACAUGAGGCGCUGAUGAACAUCCAAGGUGGAGUGUAUGCUUCACUAGUAGAACAUCACUUAGUGUGAUGUGAUCAUUUGUUGUUGUAGUUGUAGAACUGUAAUCUUUCGAUCAUAAUGAACGGCUUUGUGCUUCUGCUUUUCGAUUUUGAAUUUCCCAAAUUUAUGUGUAAAUGGGUGUAGCUUUUCUACCGUGCCUAAUAGGCUAAUACAUAUAUAAUAUAAAUAUUUAAGCUAGAAGCUGCAAUAGAAA